UGUCAUGGAAUAUGUUGGAGAGGUAAUCACAAGUGAAGAAGCUGAAAGAAGAGGGCAGUUAUAUGACAACAAAGGAAUCACAUAUCUCUUUGAUCUGGACUAUGAAUCUGAUGAAUUCACAGUGGAUGCAGCUCGAUAUGGAAAUGUGUCUCAUUUUGUGAAUCACAGUUGUGACCCAAAUCUUCAGGUGUUCAAUGUUUUCAUUGAUAACCUUGAUACUCGUCUUCCCCGGAUAGCAUUAUUUUCCACGAGAACCAUCAAUGCUGGAGAAGAGCUGACUUUUGAUUAUCAAAUGAAAGGUUCUGGAGAUAUAUCUUCGGAUUCUAUUGACCACAGCCCAGCCAAAAAGAGGGUCAGAACAGUAUGCAAAUGUGGAGUUGUGACUUGCAGAGGUUACCUCAACUGAAUUUGCAGAAAACAGAACUGAUGAAAAUUAUAGUUAUAUUUUUUCCUAAUGUUAACAUCUUUAAAGAAUAAGUAUUUGGGACUCUUUCCAUAUUAUUCAAGGUUAUACCUAUAUGUAAAUUUAAGUUUCAAGACACUUGCCAAAUGUAUUACAGGUAUUUUGAAGAGAGGGACACUGGGCCACAUAGCCUAAUUUGAUAUAUAUUUAUUUAGUGGUUAGACACCAAAACUAUUUACCAGUCAGUACAUUCAUACUUACAAAAUCUGUGAAUAGAGAAAUGCCUAUUUCAGUGUUUGAAAAAUGUUAAACCAAUAAUGCAACAGUUUCUAAGCUCAAACAUUCAACUUGCCAUACACCUUGAAUUCAGAGAAAUAGUUAAUUCAAUUUGGGCAAAUAUCUUUUAUUUUUGUUACUUUAUUGUCAUGUCUAUUUAAUACUCACUGUAUUUGUACUUGAGACAAAUAGGUGAUUCUGAAUUUUAUAACCUAUUUUCUACUUUUUCAUUGAAACAUUGACAUCUUAAUGAUAGGAAAAUUUAAGGUAUAAUAAAUGAAAAUUUUAAUUUCAGCUUGAUUUCAUAUUUUAAAGCAAUCUAGACCAUUAUGAGGGGUGUAUAUCUGAGCCUAUAGUUGUCUAAGAUUUUUCAGUCCUGUAGAAGGAAUAUCUCUGAAAUACCCUCUCUAAAAUCCAGAAUGGCUGGCCAUCAUGCUUCUUUGAAAGGACAGGACAGUGGGAUCAAGAGGGGUUUUUUGGAAUGCCAAGCAGGAAAAAUGGAGCACUUUAAGGGCACCUCUUAGGAACAUGAAUUAGGAGACACAUGUUAAGAACCUUUUCUCUAAACAGUUAAAACAAGAUACCUGGGGGCAGAUGUUCCUAAUAAUAAAUGUAAUGUACAUUAAUAUUACAUC